UAAAUGAAAUAGUGCUCUUGCAUUCUCUCAGGAAGGAAAUGUAGCAUCGGCCAUCUUGAGUCUCUUUUACAGAGGAAAGCUUGUGGAAUACAGCAUGAGCUCCUUGAAGCUGCAAAAGAGGCUAGCAGCCUCUGUUAUGCGAUGUGGGAAGAAGAAAGUCUGGUUGGAUCCAAACGAAAUUAAUGAAAUCGCGAAUACAAAUUCUCGGCAAAAUAUUAGGAAAUUGAUCAAGGAUGGUCUUAUUAUCAAAAAACCUGUAGCUGUACAUUCGAGAGCUCGCGUUCGCAAGAAUACCGAAGCUAGACGUAAGGGUCGUCAUUGCGGUUUUGGUAAAAGAAAGGGUACGGCGAAUGCACGUACACCUCAAAAGGAUCUUUGGAUUCAAAGAAUGCGAGUUCUUCGUCGUCUUUUGAAAAAGUAUCGAGAAACGAAAAAGAUCGAUAGACAUUUGUAUCACUCGCUGUACAUGAAAGCUAAAGGUAAUGUUUUCAAAAAUAAACGAGUAUUGAUGGAGUUCAUCCAUAAGAAGAAAGCGGAAAAGGCCCGUGCUGAGAUGUUGUCAGAUCAAGCUGAAGCUCGGCGCACAAAAGUCAGAGAAGCUCGCAAACGCCGUGCAGAACGUAUUGCUUCAAAGAAACAAGAGCUACUGCAAUCGUAUCAGCGCGAAGAUGAUGCCGCAAAGAAAUAAAUCGCGAGAUAUAUCUUAACAAAUAUAAAUAAAAUGAAAAAAAAGAAAA